AUGUCGGACGAGCCAAGAAGGAAGCGCAAGUGGGACACUCAAGGCGAGGAAAAUGACGCAGCAGCAGUGGAUGCCAAGAGGGCAUUGAUCGAAGAGGGCGUUCAGAGCAAUGGUACAGAGAGCCCUUCAGGAGCACAGGAUACCGCUGUUGCUGGCGCAGAUCAGUCGCCUGCAGACGCAGCUGCAGCUGCUGCAGCGAUCGCCGCUGCAAAGCUUAAUGCCAUGUUGGUAGCAAAAGGUCAAGCACCCGCCUCCACGACCCCUGAAAUCAACAAUAGUGGAGCACCUGCUCCUGUGACCCCGUCUGCUGCUGGAUCUGACGAGUUAUCUGCUGCUGGUCGCCCAACCCCCGGUGCUAACAGAGAAAGAGACGAGUUCUUCAAGGACAUUGAUAUUAAUGAUGUCAAACACCGCUAUAUCCUCACCAAGGGAUCUGUCCAGACCCAGAUUCAACGGGAUACAACUGCGGAUGUGACAACGCGCGGAAAGUACUACCCCGAUCGGAGCAUAGCGACAGAGAAGGACCCACCACUUUACUUGCAUGUAACUGCAAUGACACAGGAGGCUUUGGAUUUGGCUCUCCAAAAGAUCGACGAGCUCAUUAACGAGGCAGAGAACCCAGCUCCCAUGCCGCCUCAGCGGGAUUCGUUUGCCCCACCAUCCAGGAUGCCAGGAGGACCACCACCUAGGCACCACCAGCCUUUCCCUUUCCAGACUCGGGUUGAGAUUAACAUGGACUCGGAGAGGACGUUCAAUGUCAGGGCCAAGAUUGUUGGACCUGGAGGCCAGUAUGUCAAGCAUGUCCAAAACGAAACGAGGACGCGUGUCAAGCUGAAAGGACAGGGUUCAGGGUUCUUGGAAGUUGAGAGUGGCCGAGAGGCAGAGGAGCCCCUUUACAUCAGCAUUCUUGGAAACACUCAAGAAGAAGUGGACGAAGCUGAGCGACUUUGCAAGGAUCUUGUUGAGACCGUUAGGGCAGAAUACGAACGGAUGAAGAGUAGACCUCCCGCGCCUUAUGAGCCCUAUGGAGACCGUGGCAGGAGGGAUUUUGGCGGCCGCCCUAGCUACCACGGCAACGGGGACAGCUAUAACAGACAUCGUGAUAGCUACGAUCGGGAUCGUCGGUACGACGAUGGGCGCCACCCACGUCAGCCAUACGACCGCCCGCCUUAUGAUCGCCAGCCCUAUGAUCGUCAUUCGUACGAUCGCCAGCCCUAUGAUCACCAUCGGCAACAGCAGCACUUGGCAACCCAGCCUCAUCACCAAUAUGGAUACAACCAGCAAUAUCACUCGGGACCACCACCGCCUCAUGGCAUGGCAGCUCCUGUGAACCCACCAUUGCCAUCAGGACCCCCACCACCUCUUCCGUCCGGACCAGCGCCUCCAGCAGAUCCCAUGGCUCCUGCUCCUCCUACUUCUGGAGCAGUAGCUGCUACCACAUCAUCCGAGGCAGGCGCUGUCGUAACAUCGGAAGCUGCUACCUCGGCGUCUGCAGCUGGAGCCCCUGCCGCGGCCCAGGGCUACACCUACGACCAAUACGAGGCUUACAACCAGUACUACUACCAGCAGCAACAGCAGUACUAUCAGCAAUACGGACAGUACUACCAGCAGGCGUACGCACAACCUGGAGCGGAGCAGGGACAGCAGGGCGCAGCAGGAUCUUCAGCGACGGCACCAGUCUCCACUGACCCGGCCUUGGCAUACUAUGGUUAUGCAUACGCCGCUACAGCACCUCCAGGUUCAGAGGCGACAGGAGCUGUUGCACCAGCAGCACCAGCAGCACCAGGAACAGCAGGAGGAGAGUCAGCAUCGGAUCCACCUCCACCACCUCCUGGCGCCCCUUCCUCGUCGGAUUCCCAGCCUCCUCCACCUCAGCCUGAGGCAUCCGCGUGA